UACCCACAAUGCCUUUCGUCGAGAAUUAACAUGGCGGCUAUGGUUGCUGUUUUGAUCUGGGCCGUGGACAUGAAAAACAAAAAAACAUUCUGGGAAGAUGGACAGCAUGUAGCUGUUGUUUGAACAGAAAUACAGCUUACAUGAACGUUCUGACUUGUCUAUCCUCUGCCUCCUGGCUUUCCACAAUACAGAAAGGUUAGUUUCUUCAGAUACAGACACUUGCAAGAUGGAGGAAUCCAGAAGCCCACAAAAGUCUGUCAAGCCCUCUCGUGGAGAGGCCAGAGGGGCGAAAGCUCCGACCUCCAAGACUCUGAAAGAUACCCCAUUGCUGAGGGACCCCACAAAAGCCCCUGGCCGCACUAAGGACAAUAUCUCCAGGGCACGAGAUGAUCACAGAGACAGCCAGGGUGUUCACGGCACUGGCAGGACAGCAGCUAGAAGCCCACAGGACCAGGGGAGAGGCAAGCCUCGCAGGCUGACUGGCAGGACCAGCUCUGGGGAGAGGGUGAAAGGGAAGGGAGGGUGUCCACAGCAGCAGACAGAUGCUAGGCAUCCUGCCCAGGACCACAGGGCCUCUGGCUGGAACCGCAAUCUUAAAGAUGCUGAGGGUCCUGGAGCGGCAGGUCCUACUUCAUAUGAGGAAAAGACACUGCAAUCCAAGCCUUCUAAAGUAGCAGCUCUUGCAAAGCAGUUACCAGAUGAGGUGGGGGGUCGGCGUGUUGCAGAGCCUACACCAGGGCGUGGCAGGGAGGUGGACGAUGGCCGCCUGACCUCUGAGCAGCAGCUGGGGCUGAAGCAGGCGGAGGAGAGGCUGCGUCGAGACUACAUCCAUCGGCUGGUCAAGCAGUCCCCUGAGUACCCCAACUACCACUACCUAUGCAAGCUCUGCUCAAUCCACGUGGAGAACAUCCAGGGUGCUCACAAACACAUCAAAGAAAAGCGGCACAAGAAAAACAUCAUGGAGAAGCAGGAGGAGAAUGAGCUGCGGGCCCUGCCGGCCCCCUCCCCCGCUCAGAUGAAGGCGGUGGACGCGGCCGUGCACGAGGCCGCCCGGCUGUACGGCAUCUCUGAGGAGGACUUCCAGGAGCGACAGGCCAUGGUGACCAGGAUGGAGGUUGUCAUCAAGGAAAGCCUGCCAGAAUGCAAUCUCCGCCUGUAUGGUUCAUGCCUGACACGUUUCGCCUUUAAAACCAGUGAUGUCAACAUUGAUGUCACCUAUCCAUCUAGUAUGACCCAACCAGAAGUGCUUAUAAAAGUGCUGGAGAUCAUUAAGAACAGCUCUCAGUAUGUUGAAGUAGACUCUGACUUCCACGCCAAAGUUCCUGUGGUGUACUGCAAGGAUGCCAGCAGUGGGCUGAUGUGUAAAGUCAGUGCAGGUAACGAUGUUGCAUGCCUCACCACCAACCACCUGGCGGCGCUGGCGAGGCUGGAGCCCAGGCUGGUGCCCCUGGUCCUGGCAUUCCGCCACUGGGCCAAACUGUGCCACAUUGACUGCCAGGCGGAGGGUGGCAUUCCUUCAUACUCCUUCUCCCUCAUGGUCAUCUUCUUCCUGCAGCAGCGCAAGGAGCCCAUCCUGCCCGUUUAUCUGGGCAACUGGAUUGAGGGCUUUGACGUGAAGCGCGUGGACGAGUACCACCUGACUGGGGUGAAGCUGGACAUCUUUGUGGGCUGGGAGCUGCGUCCCCCCACCAGUGGGGAGGGCCGUGGAGAGAACAAGGGCAAACCUGAGCAGAAGGCCCCACCGCGCAGGAAGAGCGACGCCACAGAGGGCCUGACGCGCCUGGCCCUUGACCUCGGGAAGGGCGUGCCCCUGGGCCAGCUGUGGAUGGAGCUGCUGCGCUUCUACACGCUAGAGUUUGCCCUAGAGGAGCACAUCAUCAGCAUCCGCCUGCGCCAGCGCCUGCCCCGCGAGGUCAAGAACUGGCCCCGCCGCCGCCUCGCCAUCGAGGACCCCUUUGCCCUGAAGAGGAACGUGGCGCGCAGCCUCAACAGCCAGAUGGUGUUCGAAUACAUCCAGGACCGCUUCCGCAGCGCCUACCGCUACUUCGCCUGCCCCCAGAGCCGCAACCGCGAGCUGGGCCAGAGGCGGGGGGCCAGGAAGAGAGCCAAGCGCCACCCCCCCCACCCCGAGAGAGAGGCCUCCGAGGAGGGGGGAGAGGGCAAGCGGGGGAAGAGCGCCGAGGCCGGGCGGUGCCGGACCACAGCGGAGGAGCGCAAGGAAGGAGAAGGUGGUGAGGAGGAAGAGGAGGACGGCGUAGAGGGAAGGUGCGGGAGGGAUGACGAAGAUGAUGAUGAUGUUUAUGUGGAUGAAGAUGAGGAAGGCCUGAGGAGCGGGCUGGCGGACUUGCUUUUGAGCAAGAGGGAGAAGAAGGCGGCGAACGUGAGGAGGGAGGGCCGGGAGCCCCCCUCGGACCACAGCUCCCCCUCCCCUCAAAACGGCCUGCUGGACAGUGAAGAGGAUGAGGAUGAGGUGGCGGAAGAAGAGGAAGAGCAGGAGGAAAUUGCCCCAGAGGACCUGCAGUAUGUGUUUGACAGGAUGAUUUUCACCGAAGGAAAGCCCCCCACCGUGGUCUGCAGCAUCUGCAAGAGGGACGGCCACCUGAAGGACGAGUGUCCAGAGGACUUCAAGAAGAUCGAGCUGUUGCCUCUGCCCCCGAUGGGUGAUCGCUUCCGCGAGAUCCUCGAUGGCCUGUGCAGGCUCUGCUACCAUGAGUUGUCCCCAACCCCAAUGGAACAGCAGAAAAGGGAGCAGAUUCUGGUCGGUCUGGAGAGGUUCAUACGGAAAGAGUUUAUUGAUAAGGCUCAGCUGUGUCUGUUUGGCUCCUCCAAGAACGGCUUUGGGUUCCGUGACAGCGACCUGGACAUCUGCAUGACACUGGAAGGUCAUGACACAGCAGAAAAACUUAACUGUAAGGAGAUCAUUGAGGGGCUUGCAAAGGUACUGAAGAAACACACAGGUCUGAGGAACAUCCUGCCUAUAACGACCGCUAAAGUGCCUAUUGUGAAAUUUGAACAUCGCCAGAGUGGCCUGGAAGGUGACAUCAGCCUCUAUAAUACCCUGGCCCAGCACAACACCAGGAUGUUGGCCAAGUAUGCUGCCAUUGACCCUCGUGUGCAAUAUCUCGGAUACACAAUGAAAGUCUUCGCCAAGCGCUGUGACAUUGGGGACGCGUCCCGAGGCAGUCUCUCGUCCUACGCUUACAUCCUCAUGGUGCUGUACUACCUGCAGCAGAGGCAGCCGCCUGUCAUCCCCGUCCUCCAGGAGAUAUAUGACGGGAGCGAUGUUCCUGAGAGGAUGGUCGACGGUUGGAAUGCAUUCUUCUUUGAUGACCUUGAUGAUAUGCGGCGGCGCAUGCCGGAGCUGCAGCAGAACCGUGAGUCGGUGGGCGAGCUGUGGCUGGGCCUGCUGCGCUUCUACACCGAGGAGUUCGACUUCAAGGAGCACGUCAUCAGCAUCCGCCAGCACAAGCGCCUCACUACCUUCGAGAAGCAGUGGACCUCCAAAUGCAUCGCCAUCGAAGAUCCCUUUGACUUGAAUCAUAACCUUGGUGCAGGGGUCUCUCGCAAAAUGACCAACUUCAUCAUGAAGGCCUUCAUAAACGGCAGGAAGCUGUUUGGCAUCCCCUUCCUCCCCCAGCCUGGCACUGAAGCGGAUUACUUCUUUGACUCCAAGGUACUAACGGAUGGAGAGCUGGCUCCCAACGACCGCUGCUGCCGGAUCUGUGGCAAGAUUGGACACUACAUGAAGGACUGUCCCAAGAGACGCAGGAUAAAGAAGAAGGAGAACGAUAAGGAUGAGGAGGUGAAGGAGGAGGACCGCGAGCCUCGUGAGCGGCGCUGCUUCCAGUGCGGGGACAUGGGCCACGUGCGGCGCGACUGCCCAGAGUACCGACACCUCCGCCAGAGGGGCUCGGCCGGACCAGUCCCUCAUAUGGUUCGCUCCAUGGUGAGCUCUCAGUCCAUCCCCAUCCCUCAGAGUGGCGUGGCCCAGGAGAGGACUGGCCGCAUCAGGCAGCCUUCAGAAUGUUCUGAUACGCGCCAGACCCCACCUUACUCCCCCCAGUUCAGCCAGGCGUCCUCCCAGGCCGCUGGCUCCCCGCAGUCCGCCCAGAACAAGGGCCCCCACGGCCCCAUCGGCUCCGCCGCCAAGCAGCCCCCCCACGCCCAGGUGCAGCUCCCCCUCUUCCCCCCGGGCUUCCCUCACUCCCACCCGGGGCCCUACCAUGUUGGGCUGCAGGCCCUGGGGCUCCUGCAGCAGCAGCACACCCAACAUGUGCAGGCUCAGGCGCAGGCCCAGGCUCAGGCGGGCCACCACCCGGCCGUGCCCCUGACCUCGGCCUCCUGGCCCAUCCACGGACCGGUGAUGCAGGGCACCUCCAGCAGCGCCAGCCCCUCCCCGCCGGGCCUCAAGUUCCCUCUGCGGGCCGCCAACAGUGGCGCUGCUGGAGGGGUAGGAGGUGGUGGAGGUGGAGGUGGACCCACUGGCAGCCCCUCCCCAAUGAACCUGAACGACCCCAGCAUCAUCUUUGCCCAACCGGCCAGCAGGCCGCUGGGCAUGAGCAGCUCAGGCCGGGACGGGCUCCCCUGGCACAACCACCUCAACCCGGGGGCACUGGUGGGCAACGGCACGGUGGGAAAGUCAGAUGCAGGCUAUCAGGGUCCGUUUGGUAACUUGAGCCAGGGCUCGCGCACGUGGGAACACGGCGGCGCGCCCCACUUUGCGCUCCCGCCCUCCUGGCCCUACCGCAUGCCCCAGAACUUCCUGCCGCAGGGCAACGGGGGCUUCCAGCCCAACAAGCCCUACCUCUCCCAGGGUUCUGUUGUGGGCAAUCAGCAUUACCCCCUCCUCCAACACGGGAGGCAUCACAAUCUCAACUUCAUCCAGCAGAAGAAAUGAAGCUGAGGGAAUUUUGGUUUCUUUUUUAAUUAGAGAAGUAUUGGCCCAUGGUCCUUUUUCUGAGAAAGAAAAAAAACAAACAAAAAAAAGAAAACAACAAUCAGGAAAAUCAAGUAUGUAUUUGCAUUAUUUGGUCACAGGACUUUUUAAAUAAUGAAUUUUAUCAUUUUUGUACAGUUUUUACAUUUUAUUUUCUUCUGUGUGUCAUCACAUUGAUUUGUGAUACAAAUGUCAAAUAUUUUAAUACCCUCAUUUUUGAAGGGGGUCUAAAAGUGUUUUUAUUUUAUGUGUAAAGUAAGGACUACAAAAGUAUUCUCUUUAUUUUUGGUAGCUGUAUUCAUAUUUUGCUUGCAUAAUGAACAAACCAGCUUUGAAUAGAACUUUGUUUUUAAAACAAGCAUACCACCUGAUGAGAAUUAUGUAGUGCCAGAAACCCCCAAUAGUAAAGAAAAAAAAGAGGAAAAAAAGAUAAAAUCAGAAAAUCCAAAAAAAAAUAAAGAAAAAGCAAACCAUGUUGUUGUGUUAUGUCUGUUAUUUAAUAACCACCAAGUUAGUAUGUGUGCAUCCAAAACAGGUGGAAAAACCAAACUAUGUUGUUUAGACUGGUUGAAUGAUUACAGGAGACUUUAGUAAUGAUUGUUGUGAACUUACUGCAUAAGGUCUCUGCCAUAGACCAACCUAUAGACGCCACAUUGCAUACACUCUUAGUGGUGAGAAGGUCCUGCUCUGUCCUAAAGGAUGUGACUACUCCGAAAGAUAAUCCUCUGAGUCUAGGGCCAGACCAGGACAUGGAGACUGAAGGGUCACGAAGUGGGUUUAAAAUAAAAAAUGUAAUUUAAAAAAAAAAAAA